AUGGGCUGCGCCGUGAGCACCACCGGCGAGAAGGAGGCCGCCGAGCGGUCCAAGAAGAUCGACAAGGACCUCCGCGCUGAUGGCGAGCGCGCCGCCAGCGAGGUCAAGCUCCUGCUGCUCGGUGCUGGGGAAUCCGGCAAGUCCACGAUAGUGAAGCAAAUGAAAAUUAUUCACGAGACCGGCUACAGUAAAGAGGAAUGCGAGCAAUACACCCCAGUGGUAUACAGCAAUACGAUACAAAGUCUAAUGACGAUAAUCAGAGCCAUGGGAGACCUUAGAAUCGAUUUUGCCGAACCUAGUAAAGCGGAUAUGGCACGACAAUUUUUCACCCUAGCAUCGGCGGCGGAGGAGGGCGAGCUGACCGGGGAACUAGUGCUAUUAAUGAAGCGAUUAUGGCAGGACCCGGGACUGCAGCUCUGUUUCGCGCGUAGUAGGGAAUACCAGCUCAACGACUCGGCAGCAUACUACCUUAACGCACUUGACCGCAUAACGCAACACAAUUACAUCCCGACGCAGCAGGAUGUUCUGCGAACGCGCGUCAAAACCACCGGAAUCGUGGAGACUCAUUUUUCUUUCAAGGGCCUGCACUUCAAAAUGUUCGAUGUUGGAGGCCAACGGUCUGAGAGAAAGAAGUGGAUACACUGUUUCGAGGGCGUCACCGCGAUCAUCUUCUGCGUCGCUCUGAGUGGCUACGACCUGGUAUUGGCGGAGGACGAGGAGAUGAAUCGGAUGAUAGAGUCAAUGAAGCUGUUCGACUCGAUUUGCAACAGCAAGUGGUUCGUCGAAACGUCGAUCAUACUGUUCCUGAAUAAAAAAGACCUGUUCGAGGAGAAGAUCACCAGGAGCCCGCUCACCAUCUGCUUCCCGGAGUACAAGGGUGCCAACACUUAUGAGGAGUGCGCCUCUUACAUCCAGAUGAAAUUCGAGAAUCUGAACAAGAGGAAGGAUCAGAAGCAGAUUUACACGCACUUCACGUGCGCCACAGACACGUCCAAUAUACAGUUUGUGUUCGACGCCGUGACUGACGUAAUAAUUAAGAACAACUUGAGUAAUUGCGGAUUACUGAGUUAAACAUUCCAAUACUCGAUCAGCAAAUUAUCGAACAAGAAAGGAUAUAUCUUAACACGUUGACGACUCGUUGAUCUUUAUGAAUUCGGGAGAAUGACGAAGAGACUGAUCGAAAGUUGUAAGAAAGACGUAUCCGUAAACACGAAUACAUAUUAAUUAUGCGAGGAUUUUAUUCACAUACACACACACACACACACAAACACAUGCACACACAUUAGGCUCUUGGAAUAUUUUAUCACGAUAUAUUGUAACUCUUUACUCGAUUCUAUAAUCUUUAAUCAAAUGUCCUUUGUAAAAAAAAUUCUGCGUAAAUUUUUCUGGAUUUCUAGCACGAAUGUUAUUCCUUAACUUAUUGAUUUUACGUUCGGCGAUUAGACAACGAAGUAUUCUCAAAUUACGAACAAAGUAUUCAAAAUAUUCGGGAGUCAUAUAUCAAGCCGAGGCAUUUUGCGUUGUCGUCAAGAAUACUUUUUUUGUGCACUGUUUAUGAAUGUGUAGUAAUUACUUUUGGAAAUCAAUUAACAUAUUGAUUUAAGUAAUCACUUCUAAAGAGAUUUCAAUUCCUUGUUUAUCUUUCUUUAGGUUAAUAAAUUUUUUACUAUUUUUUUUUUCUAUGAGAUGAAAGCAAUAUUUCCGGAUAGUGCGUAAAGAAAAAAGGAAAAAGAAUUCGAGGCGAUAAUGUUAAAUAUAUAAAACAUAUUGUUCACUUACUCCCGAUUAAGAUCAGAAAUGUUGCUUUGUUUUUGCUAAAUGUAUUUAACUAUACUAACCAAGAACUAGAUAGCUAUUAAUUUAGUGAUAUCCUUGUAUAUAAUUUAUUACGCUAAAAGUGAUUACGUAUUAAGUGAAGAACACGUCUCUGCUCAUAUCUUGCAUUAUAACGACAAAUAGAAAUUCAACAUCUUGACGGACAUUAGACAUAGCUCUCUGUGCUUCUUUUUUUUUACAAUAUAUAUUGAGCAAUUCGAAAGAAAAUUUUUUGUACAAGCUUCUCUUUUUUUAUAUAUACGUAUUAAUAAGUGAUGAAACCGAGGGGUGUCGUUUUCAAUCUUCGAUUCACCAAACGGACGUAAUGACGUUAGUAUUAGUAAACAAGCAAGUCGAAAUCAAAUCUCUUUAUACAGUUUAGAUCAAUAAAUGAAAUCUCUUCUUUUUUAA